ACGACCAAAGUGAUGUUUGGCUAUAAUGCAAAACACCACAGUUGAUGAAAACCAAGCACAGCGUAUGAGCACAAACACCUGCACGUUGACAGUUGAUAUGAGGUGUAAUAUCCUCUUAAGUUUAUUGUAUUAAGAGGAUAUUGCAUAGAUGGGGGGUGAUUUGGGCUUGUUUUGCAGUCACUGAUUCGACCAUGAAGUCAUCUGUAUACUGUGAAGCCAUCCCUUUGACCUCCUGCGUCUUAGCCAACCUGCCGAGCUUUCUGACAAAAAUCACACUUUUUGAAAACUUUGGCUUAACGCUUUGGUGAAAGAGAGCUGAUGCUGACAGGAUGGGAGCUACACAACUGAAACAGUUUAUAAAAUAUCCACUUACCAAAACUGGGAAUGCAGCAUCAAUCUGGCAUUCUUAACCUUUGAAGAAGCUUCCUGGCUGUGUGACUGUACUGCAGCGUCCGAGCGAUAUGGUGAGAUGGAAUCAGUUAAAAACAUUGAUGUCUAUGAAUACCUGUGGGUCAAGAAUCAGGACAUUGCCGAGCACACGCUGCAUACACCGUUUCUACAGCACAUGCAGCUUGGAGACCUGCAGGCAGACAACUAUGUCAAAUUCAUAAUCCAAGACAUCAACUAUCUGGUGGUCGUCACAGACAUGUUGGAUAAGAUGAGAAACAAAGUCAAGGUCCCAGAGGACCUCCACAGUUUCAUGGAGGAUAGGUAUGAAAGCUACAAGACGUAUGCUGAAAGCACGUUAAAGGAAUUUAACCUCAAUAGUGUGUCAAACAUUAACUCAACCCCUGUCAUGAAAAAGUACUUGUCUGAUUACAAAGACAUCAUGGAGAAUCAGGACCCCAUUUACUUCGCCGUGGCUCUGCUUCCCUGCUCCAGGCUGUGGCUGUGGCUAGCCAAUCAGCUCAACGAGAACUGCUGCAACGCAUACUUCACCUGGAAGAUGUCCAACAUGUACGGCCACCCAGAACAGCACUAUAAAGCGCUGCUCGACAAGUAUCUGACCACACCAAAACAGAAGGAACUGGCGAACAAACUCUUCCGCCAGCAAAUGAAGAACGAGCAUGACUUUUUUGCGUCUUCACUUGAAUGAAACAGGAGCAGUUAAUAAUAAAACCUUCUUGCUUUCAACUGGUUAAAGUUAAUGUGCCUCUACUGCCCUCUGCUUUUCAUAUCUAACAUAGUGCAUGUGAAGAACAUACUCUUCUUCACCAGUUCUGCGCUGCGAUAAAAACUGAGCUUUGUUCAGUCAGUGCCUUUAGAUUUUUAUUGCUGUUUCUCACUCAAAGCAAAAUGUCUAUCUAUAAAAUGUCCUUUAUGGCCGUUACAAUGGGCUGUACACUGUUAGCAUCUUUAUAUUGUUAACAUUUUGUCUCUGAAUUACUGUAAUACUCUCUGUUUAAGUUCACAAUUAAUGAAUAAAA